AUGCAAGUACAGACGAGUAUGAGCUCAGAGAACUCGCAGAACGAGAAUUCAAAUGCUCAGCCUGCAACAACAAAGUACGCUAAGAUCCAGCCUGCUAUAGCCAUCAAGCCCAAACCAUCCGUCAUCCCCAAGUCAACCUUCAACCCAGCAUACAACCAGCAAGCAAAAACAUCAUCAGCUUCUCAAACAGAUAGCCUUAUCAACACAUCUCGAAAAUGGGUGUUGCCACCAAGACCACGGCCUGGUCGAAAACCCACGACAUCGGGGAGUUCCCCAGGUUCGGAGAAAGCAAUGCAGAAGAGAAAGCCUAAGGUGAAACGGGAGGAAGCCGCUGCUGUCACUUCAGCUCCUUCUACUUCAGUGAUUGAUUCUUGUGGCUCUCCUGCUCAAUCUAAGAGACGCAUCAGCACUGCCUCGGGUGUCGCAGUUGCUGUGACGGGAGUGUCCAACGGCUCACCACAGACUAGCGUGAACUCAUCUAGAAAGGGCUCUGCGAGCGCCAGUGUUACCCCAGCACCUUCUAUAAGUACCGCAGCAAGCUCCCCCAGAAAUUACUCUGCUUCGACUGCCCAGUUUCCAACAUCUCAUGAUCGUGUGAAUGAUCUUCAGAAGAGCUACCUAGCGAGAAUCAAAGAGCAGGAACUCAUAAAGAAUUAUAUUGACGUACUAACAAAGCAAAUAAAGCAAUUGCGAUUCGUCCAAAGCGGUGUCAUUACGUUUGAUGUUCUCAAUGACACGAGCAUCAUAGAGACUUCAAGACCUGCUAAGCAACAGGCGCUGUCUUUUGAGCUGCUUGACCACAUAAACAAUAUUCAUGACUUGGAUAAGCAUCUUGCCUAUGUGACUACGCAGCUGAAUGUACUCCAUUCCGUCACAAAGAAAUAUAACGGUGUGAAUAACGUCGGAAUGGGCAGGCCCCUAUCAGACGAUCAGACCUCAAUGCUGGUUCUGCGGCAGGUCCGCACCAUACUUGAUCGCCGUCACCCCAAGGAUGAUGUCUCAUCCUCCGUAGAGAGGUCCGAAUCAUUUACGCCGAGUCUAUUACAACCCCUUCGUAUGAAUACGCUAGAUCCGGAAGAGAAUCUAGUAGUUGACAUUGUGAAUUCAGGUGAUUCACUUGGCGGUGAGCGCAAUCGAGUAGACGAAUCCAUGCCUGAGCCAUCGAUCGAAAUAAUGAACCUUCUACAAGACAGCGAAACGAAACCUGCUCUUGAUAAGAAGCCAAGAAAGAUUGGUUGUGGGUUUUGUACUAAUGAUACGCCUUGUGUAUGUUUCGAUGCUGAUACUUUUUAG